AUGGCACCACCCGAAUUGGCCGCCGACAUCGAGGCCGGAAACAAGCGCAAGGCCAUUUCGGAAGACACGUACGAGCGGUGCUUGGCCGGCACGUUUGCCGCGCUCUCGGCCCGGCUCGGCCAGCCGCACGCGGUGUCGUUCGACCCGCUGGUGCACUUGAAGUACUACUCGCAGGGCCCGGCCGAACAGCACAAGUACAACCACACGCGGCGCAUCACCAUGGAGGAGUUGGGCCUCACCAGCAAGACGCAGAUCUCGCCCGUGGGCGUGUCCGACCCGUUCCCCUUGUUCACGGACGAGGCCGUGGACAUCAUGCGGUGGGAGAUCUUGCACAGGGACACGUUCCUCGCCAACGCCCGGCUCUCGUACAACUCCACGUCCGGCUUGGACUGCGCCAUGCGCGGCUACGUGUCGGACGGCCGCACGGUGCACACGCCGUUCACGCACGCGGCCUGGACCCACCCGGAAACCAUGCAGUUGAUCUCCACCAUGGCCGGCGUGGACUUGCAGGUGGUCAUGGACCACGAGAUUGCGCACGUCAACGUGGGCAUCACCGACCCGCACACGGCGGCCCGCCAGCGCUCGCUGCACGAGGCGGAGCAGCGCGAGCGGCUUUUCCGGGGCACCCAAAAGGACGCGGAUGCAGAUGCCCCGGGCCCGGCCGGCGACGCGGAGAUCCCGGCCAUUGUGGGCUGGCACCACGACGCGUAUCCCUUUGUGUGCGUGCUCAUGUUGUCCGACACCACGGACAUGGUCGGGGGCGAGACGUAUCUCCGCAUGGGCGACGGCCAGUUGGCGCGUGUCGCCGGGCCGCAGAAGGGCCACGCGGCGGUGUUGCAGGGCCGCUUGAUCCGCCACUUGGCGCCCAAGCCGGUGGGCGCCACCGAGCGCAUCACCAUGGUCACGUCGUACCGGGCGCGGGACGCGGCGCAGCACGACGGCUCGGUGUUGGGCACGGUGAAGCCGGAAAUCAACUACGGCUCCAAGUACUCGGACUUCUACCGCCAGUGGGUGGGCUACCGGGCCGAGGUCAUCAAGGCCAGACUCGACCGGUUGACCGCGUCGAUGGGCCACGGCACGGUGUUCGACAAGGCCGCGGCCACGGCCGGCUUGCAGGACAUCGAGGCGUACUUGGCCGCGACCUACACGGAGAUGGAGGUGACGGCGGACGAAUGGCGGGAGGUGGUGGGCCGCGGGUGA